CAGAAAAAAACUUUAUAAUUCCAUCACCUCCCAUGUCUCUUACCUUUCUCAUCAUCUUCCUCCUCAGCCCGGCAAUGGCUGCAGCCGUGGAGCUCAGGCUAGGAUACUACUCUAAGACUUGCCCAAAAGCAGAAGUUAUAGUCAGGAGUGUGAUCGCCAAGAAUAUGGAAAGAGAAGCCAGAAGCGCAGCCUCAGUCAGUCAUGCGUCUACAAUUCCAAGAGAUGCUACUGUCCUGGUACUGUCCGCAAGAGAUGGUACUGUCCUGAGUGGAGGGCCAAUGUGGAAUGUAAAGCUGGGAAGGGUGGACAGCUUAACAGCAAGGCAACAAGACUCAGACAGCAUCAUGCCAAGCCCAAGGUCAAACUCAACCCACCUCAUUGAUCUUUUCAGCAGAUUCAAUCUCUCUGUGAAAGAUCUAGUGGCACUUUCAGGUUCUCAUUCCAUUGGCAAAGGAAGAUGCUUUUCAAUCGUUUUCCGGCUAUACAACCAAUCCGGUUCAGGGAAACCUGACCCAACCAUGGAGCCAAAAUUCAGAGCCAGGCUGCAAAAGCUAUGCCCACCUGCAGGCGGUGAUGGGAAUGUAACAGGAGACUUGGAUGCCACGGGUGUGGUAUUUGACAAUCAAUACUUCAAGGACUUGGUCGAAGGGAGAGGUUUUCUAAACUCGGACCAAAGCCUCUUCACCACCCCCCAGACCAGGGGUUACGUCAUGGAAUUUAGCCAAGACCAAAACGAGUUCUUCAACGCAUUCGUUGAAGGUAUGAUAAAAAUGGGCGACCUGCAAUCACGUCGCCCUGGAAAGAUCAGAAGAAACUGCAGGGUGGUAAAUACAUAGCUACCAUAUUGAAAUGAUAAUAUAUGGUCAUUCUUCUUCUGACUUCUGUUUACAAAGUACUACGGAGUGGUAUGUAUUAUCACUAUUGCUAUAGAAUAUUUAACUAUAUUCUAUUACAAAUUAAUAAAUUUUGUAUUUGUUGGUCCAAAAUUGGACGCUCGUAGACUUUUAGGAAAGCUACGUACGACACUCAAGCAGGAAUUAUGAAAGCAAGAACGAGAAUGGAAAGUAG